AUGGAAGGAGAAAGUACCCUUCACAGUGGAGAGAAACCAUACACGUGUUCUGUGUGUGGGCAAGCCUUCAGCCGAUCAUCUAGCCUAUGGAAACACAAAUGCAGACACACUGGCGUGAGACCGUGGAAAUGUGGGGACUGUGAGAAAAUGUUCUAUGACCAGUUUGAGCUUGCAAAUCAUCAGCGCAGUCACAGUACGGAGAGACCAUUCAACUGCUCCGUGUGCAGAAAGGGAUUCACUACUUCAUCCAACCUGCUGGAACACCAGCGAGUUCACGCUGGGGAGAGACCGUUCACCUGCUCCGAGUGUGGGAAGGGAUUCACUCAGUCAUCUCGGCUGCUGACACACCAGCGAGUUCACACUGACGAGAGACCUUUUAAAUGCCCAGACUGCGGAAAGUGCCAUAAAAGUUCUGGGGAGCUGAUGCGCCAUCAGCACGUUCAUUCUGUUGAGAGACCGUUCAGGUGCUCUCACUGCGGGACUGGGUUCAAGGCAUCGUAUGAUCUCACAGUUCAUUGGCGAAUUCACACAGGGGAGAGGCCGUUCACCUGCUCCGAGUGUGGAAAGGGAUUCACAACCUCAUCCAACCUGCUGAGGCACCAGUGCACUCACACUGGGGAGAGGCCGUUCGGCUGCCUCGAGUGUGGGAAGAGAUUUGUUUGUUCGUCCACCCUGCUAAGAGACCAGCGGUUUCACACUGAGGAGAGACCAUUCAGCUGCUCCAAGUGUGGGAAGGGAUUCACUACCUCAUCCAACCUGCAGAGACACCAGAGAGUUCACAAGUAACGACAAUGAUUGGAUUUUUCUGUUAAUCCCAUCCAGGACUGAAUUUGGUUCAUUAGGGUCUGUUUCUGCUGAUGUUAAUGAACU